CCGCCGCCGCCAGCGAGGCUACGAAGGCCCCGGGGUCCAUGCCCCACGAUCACGCCCCCCGGGACGCCUGCGAAGGAAUCCAGCAGCCCUUCGAGGUCGCGGCGAGGACGGAGCGGGUGCAAAAGCCUCUGGCUAUGGCCCUGUCCCUGCCUCGUACCCUGGGCGAGCUCCAGCUGUAUCGUGUUCUGCAGAGAGCCAACCUCCUCUCCUACUAUGAGACCUUCAUCCAGCAGGGCGGCGACGAUGUGCAGCAGCUGUGUGAGGCAGGUGAGGAGGAGUUCCUGGAGAUCAUGGCCCUGGUUGGCAUGGCAACCAAACCGCUCCAUGUCCGGCGCCUGCAGAAGGCCUUGCGGGAGUGGGCCACCAACCCAGGGCUCUUCAACCAGCCAGUGCCUUCCAUACCCGUGAGCAGCAUCCCCCUGUUCAAGAUCUCUGAGUCUGGGGGCCGCAAGUCCCUGACCAACGGGCACACCAGCCCGGGAGAGACCCUCAGCAAAGCCAGCGCUACCUCCCCUGCCAAGAGCCCCUCGGAUCCAAGAGAGAAGCUGUCCCCCUUGCCAGCAAUUCAGUGGGGCAAUCCAGAAUCGGAGGAGGAAGGUGGGGCCUCCUCGCCCAGUGAGCACCCCUCAUCUGCAGAGCAUCUGGAUCCAGAGCUGGCGCAGGCGGUGUCGGAGGGCGUGGACCGACUGCUGCGCAGCUGCCCCCGUGGCGGCGAGACCGAGCUGAGGACCCUCAUGAAGCUGAACAAGAAACUGGCCAAAGCAGUGGGGCACAUCUUCCGGAUGGACAGCGGGGACCCUCGCAAAGAGGAAGAGAUCCGGCGCCACAGCGCCAUCUACGGACGAGGCGAGACCCGGCGAUGCGAGGGCAAGCAGCUCACGCUUCACGAGCUCACCAUCAACGAGGCGGCCGCCCAGUUCUGCCUGCGGGACAAUUCCCUGCUGCUGCGAAGGGUGGAACUCUUCUCACUGUCACGCCAGGUGGCCCGGGAGAGCAGCUACCUGUCCUCACUUAAGGGAUCCAGACUGCAUCCAGAUGAGAGCGGUCCUGGGCAAGCCAAGCGGUUCAAGCAGGAGCAGGUUGCUGAGCACAGCCGCCCUGAACUUCCCUUGGUCUGCGAACCCUUCCUUCCUCAGUACCGGUCCAGCGUAGAGGAAGACACAGCCAGCUUGUCAGGCGAAAGCUUAGAUGGACACCCACAGGCAACAGGAUCCUGUCCUCGGCUUACACCACCCCCCAACGCUGCUCCUGACACACUUCUGAGCCUCCCGCCCCAUGGACUAUGGAGUCGUCAUAUUCUGCAGCAGACUUUGAUGGAUGAAGGGUUGCGCCUGGCCCGGCUGGUAUCGCAUGAGCGGGUUGGGCGGCUCAGCCCCUGCCUGCCAGGGAAGCCCCCGAGCCAAGAGUUCGGGGAAAAUCUUUCUGAGCGGUGCCAGCCCCCAGCAGCACAGGCCGAAGCUAGAAGAAACAGCAUUAAGGUGGAACCGGAUACCAGCCGGCAAUGAGCAGCAGGUGACGUGUGGCUCAUUCGCCAAGCAAUAACAUGCCAACCAGCUCUGAACAUCAGACUCUGGCAGGGGAGAGGGCGCAAUUCUCCCCAUCACCACAAGGAGGCGUGCUUGGUUUCCUCAACGGAGCAAGGCUACCAUAUUAGCACAACACAUUUUAUUACUGCUGGUUCUCGUCACAAAAUGGAGAACCUGCCUCUCCCCCUCCCUAUUAACUAUGUAAGAUGUUGGGGGCCAUCCUCACUACAGGCGAUAGCCAUGAGCUCAGGGAGACCCAAUCUGUGGCCGGCUUUGCCCUGCGAAAGGCUACUGGAAGGUCUGCCUCACCCAUAGCCUUUCCCCUCUCAUGAAGCCUGGAACUCUGGGUUACAUAGCCAUAAAAACAUGAAACCCCACACCAAUACACGUUAUGCCAUUCGAUUUCUCAGACACAAGCAUUGAUUAUCUUUCCACAUCUAAAUUUCUUAUGAUAACGCACUGACUUACACUUGCAUCCCAUAUGUGUACAUACAACACAUUUUCUCCAUUGCCCCCCCUCUCUCACUCGCACACACACACACACACACACACACAGAGCCUUGCAUAUGGACAAGUGGCAGACAUGAUAUUCCUUACAUUAUUGUGUAUUGGUUGUCACACUUUCAAUUGUAGAUUGCGUAUACAAUGCUCAAAAUAGCUCCAACAUCAUUACCUCCCUUGGUCUUGAGCUUAUUCUGGUGUUUAUAGUCACCAAUGGUACCAAUUCACCACUCAGUUGUGUUUUGGAAUCCUGAGAGGUAUUUGCUUCCAUGCCUGCCUGAGGGAAUCUGUCUGAGAAUUUGACCAAUUAAACAACAUGGAUCUAUU